AAUUUUGAUGCGAAAUUUUCCAAUUCACAGAUUUUGUUUUUCCAUUGUUUUGGAUUUCUAGAUUCUAGUUAUAUGUUGGUGAUAGAUUUUUCCUACAUCUCGUGAUUCUCAAACGCUUCUUGAGCUCUUCGUCGAAUCGGGACUGUGAUCGGGACUUGGUGGAGAAGAAGCGAUGAUAACAAGAUCGAAUCUAGCAGAACAGCUCAGGGAAUAUCAGAUUAGAUCAAAGCAUGAUUGGGCCUCCGUUUCUUUCUUCUCUUCCACCUCCAAUUUCUCUUCCUCCAGGGUUGAUGUUGUAGUCUUUGUCAUAUGGGAACUAGUGAUGUUAGCACUCGUGGUGUUUUCAGCUGUAUCCUUGUACUUCAGGCGGUUGCAACUUGCUUUUAUCCUGCUUUGUGUCACCUUACUAUUACUCCUCUGUAUGAAAAUCACAAAGCAAGUGAGACAUGCUAGGAAGAAGAAGCGAAGGAUGCUUCUUCCUCUCUCUAUGUAAAGACCGAAACCAUUGAGCUGUUGCGAACCGUUUAUCUUCUCACACAACCAAACCACAACUCUUCUCUGGCAUGAGUUUUGUGCCCAUAUGCAUUGAUGAAGAUGACAGCUAAGCUCAGACUGACUCUGGGACGCAUCGCUUUUGUCCUUUGAAGAAUCGACCUGAACUUGAGAUAUGAAACCAGGGACUGCAAUUUCAAGGCUUAGCUUAGACAAAUCAGAACAAAAGUGCUGUAAAGGUUGUUUUCCUGUAUAAAGUAGUAUGGGAGGUUGCUUUAUUUUUCCUAGGCACGAUCACGGAUUGUUAACUUGAGCGUUUUGUGAUUAAAGAUAGUUUUUCCAUCUAUCUAUGUUACACUUAAUAUCAUGAUGAAG